AUGGACUUCAUUGCCUUGGCACUGGAACCUUCCACCAGGGCUCUCUCUAUCUCUCUUCCCAUUAUACAAAAAAUAUCCCCUUCUCAUAUACAAUUUCACAAUCCUUUUAUCUCUUCCUACUCUCUCAGCUUUCUUCAGCUUUGGGGUCACAUCGUGGGCUUCAGCAGCUCUUCGUCGUUGCCUCUCUGCAAAGUUAAGAGAGCCUCUGCAUCUCCAGCUGACCGUGAAAAGUACAGACAUCGAAGCCGGUCACCAGAAGUUAAUGAAAACUCCAAGAAACGGCGAGCAGAAGAGAAACCAAAUGACAGCGACGGUGAGAAAAGUGACCAAGACCUUGUUGUUGAUGUUGCAGAAGACAGUUCGCCAGUGAAUGGUGACUUAUCACCCAGAGAAAAAGUUCUUAAAGAUUCUCAUAAAAAAGACGACAGAAGCAGUCCUCGAAGUGAUUCAUCAUCACAUGCCAGCACAACAUCUUCAUCUAAACAUAAAGAGAAUGACAAAUCAGGGACUCCUGUAUCAAAAUCUCUCACCCCAACCAGUUCAGGAAGUGUUACACCAGGUCCCUCAAGUGGCAUGAAACCCAUAGCUAAAGCACCCCCAUUAAAAUUCUCGUAUGUUUCAGGUGCAUACCCAUUCAUGUCCCACACUGGUCAUGCAGUUUCAGCAGAGCUUAGUCCAAGCGCUGUGUAUAGCAAUAACAUGUUACACAACAGUAUUUCACCAAGCGGUUAUUCCAGGGGCCCAAUGGCUGGGUUUGAACAUCAUGGGCACAUGAGGAUGCCAUCUUUCACUGGCUUUCAAAGUGGCAAACCAGCUUAUUCCUAUCAUGUAAAUGCUGAUGGCCAAAUGCAGCCAGUUCCAUUCCCACCAGAUGCACUCAUUGGACCAGGCAUUCCACGACAUGCAAGGCAAAUUAAUACUUUAAACCACGGAGAAGUGGUAUGUGCGGUGACCAUCAGUAACCCUACCAGACAUGUAUAUACUGGUGGAAAGGGCUGUGUAAAAGUGUGGGAUAUUAGCCAAUCAGGAAAUAAAAAUCCAAUCUCACAACUGGACUGCCUGCAACGAGACAAUUAUAUUAGAUCAAUAAAACUCCUCCAAGAUGGCCGGACACUUAUAGUUGGCGGUGAAGCUAGUACAUUAUCAAUAUGGGAUCUGGCAGCACCAACACCCAGAAUCAAGGCUGAGUUGACAUCCAGUGCACCAGCUUGUUAUGCUUUGGCUAUCAGUCCUGACUCCAAAGUCUGCUUUAGUUGUUGCAGUGAUGGUAAUAUUGCAGUCUGGGAUCUCCAUAACCAGACACUUGUCAGGCAAUUCCAAGGUCAUACAGAUGGAGCAAGCUGUAUUGAUAUUUCUCCUGAUGGUACAAAAUUGUGGACUGGUGGAUUGGAUAACACAGUCAGAUCUUGGGAUCUCAGAGAGGGGCGGCAACUCCAACAACAUGACUUUACGUCACAAAUUUUCUCCCUUGGCUAUUGUCCUACUGGUGAAUGGUUAGCCGUAGGGAUGGAGAGCAGUAAUGUUGAAGUGCUCCAUCACACAAAAGCUGACAAAUAUCAGUUACAUUUGCACGAGAGUUGUGUCCUUUCCCUUAAAUUUGCUUAUUGUGGCAAAUGGUUUGUCAGUACUGGUAAAGACAAUCUGCUGAAUGCCUGGAGAACUCCAUUUGGAGCAAGCAUAUUCCAGUCAAAGGAAUCCUCAUCAGUUCUCAGUUGUGAUAUCUCUACAGAUGAUAAAUACAUCGUCACAGGUUCCGGGGACAAAAAAGCAACACUGUAUGAAGUGAUGUUCUAA